AACUAACUUGGAGCCCUUUUCUUUUUCUAAGCGCUAAGGCGCCUACAAGUUUUGAUACUCUUGAAUGUGCUUCCAGUACCACGCGGUACACCCUUUAAACCGACUGUCAUGAUGUUAAAGCAUCAAGCUCUUAUCUUCGCUCCUACUAAGACUCUAUCAUGGCGUCACAAGAUAGUGAAGAGAAGCACAACGAAAUUUCUGUUGAUGCUCUGGCUUUCAAAGACCUGAACGACGCUCAAAGCUCUCAAUCAGAAUGGACCACGACACGCGUGGAACUCUGGAGUUUUUAUUUAUUCUAUGUUGGCAAUAAUGGCCUGUCCGGGUUCAAUUUUGGGCCAUCGCAGUUUCAAAAUCUCCUGUUUAUUGCGGGAUACGACCCCAGUCAACCACCCUUUACGUUGGCCUGUGGUGACGGUGAUUGUGUGCUCCCGUAUCUCGGGAAAGUGCGGGACAUAAACGCAAUUGUCCUUCUGACGAACGGUAUUAGUUUUGCAAUACAAGCCGCAUUGCUGCUUCUCAUUGGAGCGUGGGCUGAUUAUGGACGCUGGAGACCAAACAUCACCAUUUUCUUUACAAUACUAGCGGUAGCCGUGUCUUUUGCCUGGCUGGGCGUUGACGAUCCGUCGCAGUGGCGGGCAGGAACCGCACUUUAUAUAUUAGGCUUAAUCACAUACCAGUGCACGCUAACUUUCUGGACUGCUGCGUUCCCAGGAUUGGUUCGUGAUCUUCCAGAGGUGAAAGAGUCAUUAGCCGAAGUGAAAACUGGAAAGAAAGAUUUAGACUCGCACGCAAAAUUCACCUCUAUAUCUCGAAAUCGAGUUUCGAACAUCUCAUUUACUAUUCAAUCCGUGGGCGAAGUUCUCAUCCUCGCUGUGAUGGUGGGGAUCCUAAAAGGGCUCAAAUCGGACUCGAGCACAGAAGCCAACACCAAGGCCUUCAGCGUGUUGAUAGCUUUCUCCGGGGGAGUCUGGGUCCUCGUUGCUUUACCCUGGUUCUUCCUAGAAAAACGUAGACCUGGUCUUCAAGUACCUUCUGGGUCAACUAUCUUUGCCGUUGGAUUCAAGCAAUUUUAUGUUGCCUUCAGGGAAUGUUUGAGGCUGAAGCAGACGUUCCUUUAUCUCAUUUUCUAUUUCCUCAUGGGAGACGUAUUGAAUACCACAGUAACCGUUGUUGGUACCCUUCAGAAUAGUCUUGUUUCGUACUCGACCCUUCAGCUGACGCUGCUACUAAUUGUCGGUAUCGUUGCUCAGGCGAUCGGUAUCUAUACCUUCUGGCUUGUUCAAAAGCGCUUUGGAAUCAGCACAAAGACGAUGCUCACUUUCAAUGCGUGCUGGAUCAUUGUCUUGACGAUAUGGGGCCUCAUUGGAGUCCACACGGACAAAUUCGGAUUCAAACAUGUUUGGGAGGUUUGGGUAUAUCAGGUCUUCUAUGGUGUUAUGGUUUGUCCCUGGUAUGCAUACAGUCAGACUAUGAUUAGCGAGGUUUCGCCGCUACCACAAAUGUUUCUUUUUUUCGCGUUGUUCUCUGUGGUUGGGAAGACAUCCGCCUUCAUAGGACCAUUUGUCUCUUCAGCGAUCAUUGACGACUCUUCGAAUAACAACAUGCCCUUUGCAUUUCUGUUUGCACUUGGUGUUUUUAGUAUGAUCUUCCUCUGGUUUGUGGACGUGCCCCGAAGCCGCAUCGAAUGCGAAAACUUCGUCAAGGCAGAAAGUGAAAGAAGGGCCUUCGAGACUAGUGCAAGUGCGUAUACGGGUGACCCCAUAGGCAAUGCGUGAAAAAAAAAACAAGAGAGUAUCUCUGCCGUUACCUACUGUAGCUCUCCAUAACAUGCAAAGCCUCAAGGCGAGUAGAUGUCCUCAUCCCGGAUUCGGGAGAAGUACAGAAUUCGAUAACAUUGUAUGGCGUGUAUGGUCGUCUUUUUUUACGUCGUAGCUGUAGUACUGUACGUGUGCACGUCAAUUAUGAGAUGAAGAUGAAAAAAACUCAGAUAGGCAUGACGUCGACUAUCCAAGUCUGAUUUGGACUCAGGA